GGGGGGGGGAGGGUUAGAUUGGAGUUAUAAAAUGGCGGCCUGGAGCGCUUUCGGCGCUGUUCCUCCGGCGGUCUCUGGUUGAGCUCCCUGUUCUCCCUCACUGCCGAACACAGAGAGGCGAGGCCCCUGGAGGACAUGGUGUUUGAGACCCAAGGCUUGCUGACCACCAAGUUCUUCAAGAAUCUCGGCGCACCGGAAGCGACCAGGCGCGCUCAGCCCAGCGAGCAGCGGCCGCUUCACACCCGAGGCCCGCGGCUGCAACAUCGCACCUGCUCGCGGUCGCUCACCCGGCUUUCGCCGCACCCACAGCCCAGCGAGUGCCGCGGCGGCCGCCCGGGAGGUUUGAAAAUAUGGCCAAAAGAAUUGCUGAGAAGGAAUUGACAGAUAGGAAUUGGGAUCAAGAAGACGAAGCAGAAGAGGUGGGAACAUUCUCAGUGGCCAGUGAGGAAGUCUUGAAGAAUAGAGCCAUAAAGAAAGCAAAGCGUAGAAAUGUUGGAUUUGAAUCGGAUAGUGGAGGGGCCUUUAAAGGUUUUAAAGGUUUGGUUGUACCUUCUGGAGGAGGAGGGUUUUCUGGAUUUGGUAAUGGUGCUGGAGGGAAGCCUUUGGAAGGACUGUCUAAUGGAAGUGGCAUAAGCAGCGCCCCUCCCUUCUCCAGCGCCAGGACAGCAGCAGAGAGCAAGGCAGCCUUUGGAUCUAUUGCUGCAAAUGGUCCUACCUCCUUGGUCGAUAAAAAGAUCUUAACUCCCAAAACUAAUGGUGACAGUCAGCAGCCCUCCUCCUCCGGCCUUACCUCUAGUGCGGCCUGCCCCCGGGACGCCUAUCACAAGCAGCUGGCUGCCUUAAACUGUUCCGUCCGGGAUUGGAUCGCGAAGCACGUGAACACGAACCCCCUGUGCGACCUGACGCCCAUCUUUAAGGACUACGAGAAAUACCUCACUGGUAUCGAACAGCAGCUCGGGGGCAGCGGCAGCAGACGCUCUGAAAGCGAAGCCAAGAAAAUGCCGCUUGCGACCCAGUCCCCUUCCCCGUUCGGGGCAGCAGAACUGCAGCGAGACUCGACAUUGGCGUUUGCGGGCACCAAGGUGGAGGACACCGCUGAGAAGCCACCGGACCCACCUGGAGGAGCUGCAGGGGCCUCGUUUAACUUCGGCAAGAAGAUCGACAGUUCUGUCUUGGGCUCUUUAAACUCCGGCCCCCUGACUGCAUUUUCAUUUUCUUCUGGAAACUCCAGUUUAUUUGGCAAAGAGCUUACCCAGAAUAAACCGGUGUCUUCACCAUUUUCCACGAAAAUGUUGGAGGUACAGGCUGAAGGCAGCAGUAGCGAAUACAAAGGCGGAGAGGAAGAAGAGAAUGACGAGCCGCCCAAAGUAGUAGUUACUGAAGUAAAAGAAGAAGAUGCUUUUUACUCCAAAAAGUGUAAACUGUUUUACAAGAAAGACAACGAAUUUAAAGAGAAAGGUGUGGGUACUUUGCAUUUAAAACCUACAGCCAAUCAGAAGACACAGCUGUUAGUGCGGGCAGACACCAAUUUAGGCAACAUACUGCUGAACGUCCUGAUUCCGCCCAACAUGCCGUGUAGUCGAACGGGGAAGAACAACGUCCUGAUCGCGUGUGUUCCAAACCCACCCGUCGACGAGAGGAAUGCUGCCGUCCCAGUCACCAUGUUAAUCCGGGUAAAAACGGGCGAGGACGCAGAUGAGUUGCACAGAAUUUUACUGGAGAAGAAGGACGCCUGAACACACCGGGACCGAGGGGUUGCCGCCAAGUUGCUGCUCCCCCACAGCCCCUUAGACUUAGUCAGCUUUUCUUCUCUUCUUACUUUGACAUUCUAAGAACUUAGAGAUAACUUAAAACUUUGUGAGGAAGAUUAAUAUGGCCAAUAAAACCUUUAAAUGUUAAGUGUCAAGAACCUGUAUUCUCCCUUCUUAAGAACUGUCUAAUGUGUAAAAUACAUUUGAAUGAAAUUUUUUUGGAAGAUUUUUAAUGUUCAUUUAUUAAACUGACCACAAGUGGUUUCUUAAUAGGCUGAAAUCAGGGUAUCGAUUAGACUUCCCAAAGGCUGUUCCGAUCCACGGGUUUUGGGGUCUGCUGCCGCCGCUGGCGAGGCUUUCCAGCAGCCCCCCCCCGCCCCCCGCCCCAUGUCCAGGAGGAAGCUUGCCUGUAGCAUUCUCUGGUGGGCUUGACUGAUGUGGGAGAACAGCACUCUUUCCAAAUGAAUCAUGCUACCACGCUGUGACUGAGGUAUUUUUCCUUUGCUUCCUCAUACUGUUAUUCUAAAGCUGAACCUCCAGUACCAGAUGUUCCCGCCCAGCAUUAGAGGCUUUAGCUUUUUAUUUGCAGACAUUGGCCUUUUAACCCUGUGGGCUUCUUUACCUGAUUGAGGAACUGCUUUUUCAUUUUGAAAGGAAACAAGUAGCUUGUUCUUUGGUUUUGUAGUUUUCACUCUUGAGGUGCUGUUACUUCUCUAUUCCCCUGCAGACAAAGAGAAUAGAGGGGGAUUGCCUGGAAUGAGGUUUAAAAGCACAAAUUUGGUAGCUUAUAGUUUAUAGGCCACGGACAGCAAACCCUUGUAGAAAUGAAAGUUAAGUCAAAAGCUAGAGCAUAUAGUACAAAAGCAAGAAAUACGUCUUAGCUGUUUUUACCGUGAUGAACCCUACAGAUCUAAGAGCUACUUACUAAAGUCCUGGGAGCUUUUACUACACAUGAGCCAUGUGAUGAGCCAGGAAACAUGCAAUAAGGUAAUGGAAUUGAAAUUGUGUGUGUAAAUGUUGCCUUUAACUUUAGACAAAAGUAUAUUCUACAUUUGAUACCUGAAGUUUCCACUUUUUUACAAGUAAGAUACUCAGUAUGUCCAUUUGGAAGGGAGCCAUGGUUAUGCACGGGCAGAGCUGUCACUUCUCCACGGCUGUCGGGUAACGGAUCCUAGUGUUCUUGGAAGAUUCUGGGCACGUGAAUUAGAUACAGCUUUUAAUGUUUAAAUGUCCACUUUCAUUCCUCGUUAACCACUUAGUGCUGGUACCAUAUGAUCUUGUUUCAAGGCUCAGGGUCCGUGCCUGAGGGCUCACGCUUGUAUGUUCUGAUCUUCAGUACGUAAUGUCUUCUGACUUAGAAAAUUGUAGAAAAUAAUUGUAGAUAGUACAGUUACUUUUUUUAAAAGAAGCUAUAAUUUUUAGAGAUUUAUAAAGGGGGCAGGGAAACCAUUUUAUGAUCCAAUAGGUUAACUCAAAUGCCCGAGAUGCGGAAGGUGGCCAACAAUUUAUCAUGAGAUUCUUGCACUUCCGUGAGAGAAUCUGGCCCAGUGUGUGACUCUGGGUAAAUGCAGAGAGGUGUGCGUACACUUGUGGGCUGUGGUCAGGCUGUCACGUUGGGAAAGCUAGGGAGGGAGUGGCAGUUACUUUCAUUUUCUUUUUAGAAUCAAGAAUAUUCUGGAGUGUUUGUUACAAGUGAUCUCUAGUGUGUGGUGGUCGAUCCUAUUACAGCAACCGUGGCCCAGCCGGCCUUGAGUGAGGUUUAUCCAGCUGCUAGGAGGACGAGGAAGUGCAGGGCACAGACUUCUGUCCCGGGUGGCCCACCCGUGGUCCCCAGGAGCCACGAGGCCACUCGGGCACUUUCAGGGGGUGCCACACUGGCAGCAGCCUCUGCGUGGCCAGUGGGACGUUUGCCAAACGUGGCCAAACAGCAUCAGGAUUGGGUCACCUUUCACUCCCCCCCCCCCCCCCGGAAAAGAGUUCAUAAUCUUUUUGCAUCAGUGUGUGUGUGUGGCUUUCUCUCUUCCUGACAUUCCUAGCAAAUUGUUGCUGCUAAGACUCACUGUUCAAGUGACAAUUACAGGGACAGGUGUGAUGCGUGUGCCGGAACUCCCGACGCGGUAUUUCCUUCAUGUCGCUUCCCCUUUAGGAACUUGCUGGUCUCUACUUUAAUUAUGUAUUCAUACAAAAGAGCCUGAGUGUGUGUGGAUUUUCCUGUAAAACCUGAAUAUCUGUAUGUUACUUGGGGGAAGAGGCCCCUUUGUCCCCCAGAGGGCCAGCCUUCUCUCCCCUGCUGUAUUAGUAGCUAAAUUCCGCCCCAUAGGUUUAGUUAGAUUUAUUUUUAACAAAAAUAUUAGAAAUUAGGCUUUUAAAUGUUUAACGUAGACUGAAAUUUUUGUAUUUAGUUGGAGGAUCUAUGACGUAUAUUGUCUGUGUGGCCUGAAGGGAGGUGUUUUUAACCUUUAAUCAGUUGUGUUGCAUCUUGACAAAUACUGAGUGUCCCAGUGGCCUUUUUUAAACUGGUGUGUGUCCUUCUUUUGAGCGUUCCCCAGUAAGCAAAAAAAUGAGCGUUGUGCUGUCUUUGUUUUUAGAAUUACAGGCUAGAAAUGUGUGUCCAGUUUUUAAAGCAGUUUAGAUUGUGUUUUCCAGGGAAGAACAAGUCUGACCAUUUAUGAAUUGAUUUUCUUGAAAAGGAUUAUAGUUUUAUAAUUUCAGUUCUAAAUCAUAUUUUUGAUAUGCUGCAUGCCAAAAAGAAUCUACCUGUUCUGGGGGAGAGGAAAAAAAAAAAAAAAACCAUCUUA